AUGGCUACUUUGCGGCGCCAACCAAGAUCCAGAGCAGCCUCAACUCGGCAGGAUCGUGGCUCCUGCUCUUCUACUGCUUCAUGCCCUGUUUUUUCUGGACAAUAUAGUGACCAAGAAGAAGACCCUCCAAUACGCCGCCAAUCUUCUCCUUUACUCAAAGGCUCUCUCUCAAAUAUACACAGCUCUAUCUGUCCAAGCCCCAAAGGUUCUCUUUCCAGCCUCCAGGGGACUGUUACCUCCCUCCAAGGAUCAUUACCAAGUCUCCAAGAAUCUCUGCCCAGCUACCAGGGCUCUUUACCCAACUUACGGGAAUCAGUCUCUCGGUUCAAGAGGCGGUCACUGGGUAGCCUGGACAACUCCAACCAUUGCCUUAGCGAGAGGAGUACCAGCCCCAGCCUACAAAGCGGCAAUGGCAGCUCUAGUGAUGAUGAUGGCAGCUGGGACACCAAUAGCUGGAGCUCAGGGGCCACUUGCCUCCUACGAACACCUGUUAAACAAGAUAGCAAUGAGACAUCAGGGGAAUCAGGUGGAAAGCCUUGCACCACUGAGCAGGCUGAACCUGAAAUCAUUUACCAAAAUCUUAUCUUUUCACACCCUGCUGCUACAACUGAAAGCAAAGCAGAUUGUGCUCCAGAGAGGACUUCCACAGCACUAAAAAAAGAUGUAGGAACCCAAAGUGUUUCCUCUUCUUGCCUGAGCAAGAAUUCUGCUACAUCCUAUCAGAAAGACAACAAGACAGAGGAGAGGCGUAAAUUCUCACAGUUUCUGAAUGAGGUGACCUGCAGGGUGCUGAAAACGAAUGGUGGUCCUCCUCAACAACAGUCCACCCUCCGACAUCGCCACGCGUCUCCUCCACCGCCACCACCAUCAACCCCCUCUCACCCACCACUAACAACCACUCUACAUUCAACACCAGCAGUCACUCCACCAUCUGCAUCAGCGACAAACAUGUGGUACAGCCCAACAAGCUCAAACCUCCAGACCAUCAAGGAGUAUGAUUCAAAGGACAUUACCAGCUCCAUCCACCAAUGGAGCAAGACAUUACCCAGCUGUAAGAUCUUGGAACCUGGGGAUGAGUUGAUGAAAGUGAAAGGGGAAAGUCACUCAUACCCAGAGCACGACCUGGAGCUAUGUACAAAGAUCCAGGCGCAGCCCUCCACUGGGAGACUUUAUCUAGAGACAGACAUUGACAGAGUGAGACGACUUGAUGAACUGGUAGCUAAUGGUACCCUGGGGAAAGAGAGGAGUGAGAAAGGACUGGAGAAGGCCGACCAGCAGCAGCAACAGCAACAGCAGCAGAGGCAACGACUAUACACACAUGAGAGCCAAGGCAGAGAGAAAAAUAUGAAAAAGAUAUAUAUUGGCAAAACUGCCCUCAAAACCCAGAGAAAUGGUUGCAAACAUCAAAAAAGAAGCUCUUUCCACGACCACAAGGAUGACCUCCGCAAGCGCCUCUCCUACACCACCCACAAACUAGAGAUGGUGGAAACAGAGUUCGACUCCACUCGGCAGUACCUGGAGACGGAGCUGCGCCGGGCCCAGGAGGAACUGGAGAAAUUCACUGAGAAACUACGCAGGAUCCAGAGUAGCUAUGCAGCUCUUCAGAGGAUCAACCAGGAUUUGGAGGACAAGAUGCACAGGACGUCCCAGCACCAUGAAGAGGAAAAGAGAGCCCUCAGCCGGGAGAUCAUUGUCCUCAACAACCACCUGAUGGAGGCGAAGAUCACCAUCAAUAAACUCAGAGAGGACAAUGACCUGUACAGGAAAGACUGCAACCUGGCAGCCCAGCUGCUGCAGUGCUCCAAGUCUCACUACAGAGCACAUAAGAUGUCUGAGCUGCCACAGGAUUUCCAGGAACGCAUCAGUUCCCACAUGGAGAAACAUAAUCGGGGUAGUGGAGCCACCAUGGGCAUUUGUCACUCCAACUACCCUGACGCAGUGCCCACAUCCGUAAUUGCCAAGGUCUUGGAAAAGCCUGAACCAGGAAGCAGUUGCCCUGUGACACGCUCGCCCAGCCCGCUGCCGCAGGAUGGAGACUUUCUAACAGGAACAGGAAGCACUGAUCACCUGCACCGCCGCAUCGCAUACAAGACCUCUGACUUAUAUUGCAGUGACACGGCCCUCUAUUGCCCCGAACGCUGGCAAGACACAGAGCGCAGACAGAGCAUCGACCUCCAUGGCACCGGGCUGCUUCAGUUCCACGCCCAGAACUCCACUGACAGCAACCCAGAUGAGGUGGCCUACCACUCUGGAAGUUUCUCCCACCAUGAGCCCCCAUCCUCCUUCCAGCACCACGAUGACUUUGGCACUGGCAGCCUCCCAGCCUCUAGUUCUUACUCUAGCUUCAGCCUUGCAUCGGAUGAAAAGGGUGGAAUUAGUGGUGGGUGUGGGCCCACUACCAGCAGCACCUUAUCUUCUUCCCACCAAGGUCUCUAUAUGAACUGGCAAGAUGGUGGCAGUGGGGAGUAUGAGCGCAAAAGCAUGUCCUCUUAUGAUAAAGACAGCCCAAGCUUCCCCAAGUCCCAUAGCAUCCAGCACAUGGUGAUGCCCAGGAGUCCGCAGAAGGGCACCUCACCAGCGUACACAAGGACGGCUUCAUGCUUCAGUGAGCCAUACCACUCCAGUACCCCCCGCUUGGCAUCCUCUCACAGCAUGGGGUCCACAACCGUUUUAGGCCAGGCACGUGGCAGAGCUCUGGACAGCAGAAGUGACAUCCAGGUCAUUGAGGACGACUUGAACAGCCGCUGGAAACAGCUCAGCGUGGAAGACAUGAACACAUUCUCAUCUUAUCGUAACAUCACAGGGCGGGUCUCUCCGUACAGUUUCUCGGAGCGCCAUUUUGCCAUGGGCCCCUCUGGUAAGGUUAAGGGGUCUCUCUACAGCAGCUUCCAAGAAGGAGAUGACGUCUUCCACAGCCAGGUGCUGGACCAGUGUUUCGCUGUGGGUCCCCCUUCGCCUAGCUGCAGUCCCAAACAUCCUCCAGUGGAGCAUCGCAAGCAGGAGAAAACCUCUGUGCUGUACAGAGCCAAGGAAGACAGUCAGGACUCUGACUGCAGUCUGUUCCUCUCAGGGAGCUCUAAGGAGAAAGAGAGCAGUGGGGGACCGACAGUGGCGAGUAGUGCCAAGAAGGACUAUGUGAAUCUGAGUGCAGACAGCUCGGCUGAGUCCUUACACCAAAGCUCCCUAGAAGCCUCAAGUCUCCAGCACUAUCCCAGCCCCAGGCCGAGUGUGCGGCCUCGCCCGAGUUCUAGCUCUGCUCUCAGUGUUGGCCCCGCACUCCCAAAGAAGACCUCUCCAAGAUACCAAAAAUUUGGCAGCACAGGGCUGACGAGGAAGGACAGUUUGACCAAGGCACAACUAUACGGUACACUGCUGAACUGA